AUGCAAUAUCCUUCACACUUUCUCUAUUUGCAGAUCGAGGACAGCUCCGUGGAUCCCGAAUGCACAUUGCUGACGUACCUGCGAACAAAACUGUUGCUCACCGGGACCAAACUUGGGUGUGGUGAGGGAGGCUGUGGGGCCUGUACGGUCAUGUUGUCCCGCUUUGACCCCGAACAGGGCACUAUCAAGCACUACUCCGUGAACGCCUGCCUGACCCUUGUGGCGGCCGUGCAUGGGCUGGCCGUGACCACCGUUGAGGGCGUCGGGAGCCUCAGGGGCGGACUCCACCCUGUGCAGGAGAGGAUAUCCCGCGCCCACGGGUCUCAGUGUGGCUUCUGCACCCCCGGGAUGGUCAUGGCCAUGUACGCCCUCCUGAGGAACACCCCGAGGCCCGCGUGGCACCAGUUGGAGCAGCAUCUGGCAGCAAUGUAA